GUCUCUUUGGCGCUUUGUUAUCCGCAUUCAGACAGCAAAACGUUAAUCCCCAGUCAACACAAAGCGACUCAAUGAUAGCACAAUGAUGGGCACACGGCGAAAGGGGCAACAAUCGAAAAUUCUCGUCGAGACUCGAUCCGUCACUCCACGCACGUUCACAGUCUCGUACUGUAAAAUCGGUGUUGAGAUACAACCUAUUUUUCCUGCGGUAUUAGUACGUAAAUGGAGAGGGGCGGGGCCACAAUGUCGAACAAUAAUUUUGAGCAGGGCCAUUCCAAAACAUAUGUCGGUGGAAGUGGCGUGUUGGUGUGUGGUACCGGGUUGUCUUUUUGGAGUGUUAAUGUUCGACUGAGUCUUUUCUGCGUCACCUUCUUUGUCGUCGUAGGAAUGGAGUUUAGCCAUAAUUGUCAUUCUCUUUUUCAAAAUCCAUGUCGGACGGAGACGGGAGGAGAGUUUAUUUUUGCCGUUAAAGAACGGGUUUUUCGAGAUGGAAGAAGUGGCAAGGAAUUUCUCGAGCAGAGCGUUUGUUGCGUGGAGGAGGUCCCGGGAUCGAAACCCCAAGGAUUUUUUUGGUACAGUACGGUUUGUUUCGGAGGAAGAGCUGUGUUAGAUGAGAUAGCUGGGGAGAUGGUCGAAGCUUAGGUGAAAUAGGCAGGGAAGACUUGUUUAAAUUUGAAUUGGCCAUAUGUAGAGUUGUAGUGGCUGAGCCUAAAUUUGUGAUAUGCAGGCGGUUUUUCUCCUCCUUGGAAUCCAGAUGACUUGUAAGCUUAGUUGCGUAGGAAGGGAUUAGAGAAAACAAGAAGAGAAAACCCUUAGCUCAUAUUUCGAUUACUUAACAUUUAGAGCUGCAAUGACUGAAUGUGGCUGAUGCAAGCUGCUUAUAUCCCUGUUGUUUUUUUUGUAUAAAUCAGGACUGCUCUGUUGUAAGGGGAGGUUUUCUUUUGUGCCCGUAGGUUGGAGAAGAGUUUUAACUUUAGAUAGAGGGACAUUUCUUGAAGUAUAGAGAAGAAGAUAAGAAUCUAGAGUUAAAUGCAAAGGGAAAAAGAGUUUGGACUUAAAUGAAAUAAGAUUUGGAGUUGCAGUAGUUGUUGCAGAAUAUAGAUGUGCACACUGUAAACUGUUUGGUGUUGCUUUAUCAAGUUAAGGCUGUUUUUGAUUACGGAAAGAGUGACACUUUAUGCAAAUAUAAAUGUAAGAGAUGCUUAUUGUGCAAUACAAAUGGAGAAAAAGUUGUAAUUAUGAUCAGUUUGUUUAAAGCUGCAGUGUCAGAAUCGUGUUGUUGUAGAGAAUGCCCAUAUGUGAAUUGUAUUAGUACUGCUACAAUUUCAUAUUUUUUUUGCAAUAUGGAGAAUUUGUUUCCUUUUGGCUUAGAUUCCAAGGAAGAGUUGUGGCCAGAUAAAAACAACAGAGGUUUACUAAUGAAAACAAAGAUGCAAUACUGAAAAAUAGUUAAGUCAACAUAGGUAGGAGGAGACCAAGGAAAGUACCAGGCAUGCAGUGUCUGUUUGAAGCAUGUCAUGCUAGAUUGGUAAUAUUUAGGAGUUAUAACUGUGUUACAAUUUUAUCAAAUCCUGAUUGAUUGGACUAUAGUACAGGUGACACACGGGGAGAAGAUUCUAUACUAGAGGAGAGAAUAAAGCAGGUCAAGAAGAUUGUAAAGAAUGGGAGCUCAUCUCGAUCGUAUGCAUGUGCAGGAGAAGGAAGACAAAGAGAUGUAUGGAAGCUUUCGAAAAAGUUUCAGCAAAUCUUGGCAUUUGAAGCGAUCUGAUGACAAUGGUGCUGUUUCAGGAGAUACGUCUGACCAUUGUCAGUCUGAUUUGCAGAGAAUUUCGUUGACAGCUUCAAAGUUGCCAUGCCAAUCCUUUGGAAGUGCUCAAUCACAGGUUUAUCCCCAGGAUGAAGUGCCCUCAUUGAAUAAGCGUGAUCGUUUUUCUCAUUCAGCUCGGCAGCAUGGUGAAAGGCGAAGAGUACCAGAUGAGAGAAGAAGGUUGUCAGACGUAGGAGUGCAGACGAUGAAAAAUGAAGAGUCCAGUGAGGCUUCUAGGGGUUUGUAUAAAAGAUUUGAUAGGCUUUCUUGCUCGGCUAGGCAUCCAGAAAUGGAUUGCUCAUUUUCACGAAGUAGUUUUUCUAAAGAAUCCAGAAACUCCAUUAGGGAUAAAGUACAAAAACAUGAAAUUAGCUUUCUUAAAACACCGGCAGAGAUUGGUAGCACUGCUAUAUUAAAGGAACCCAAAGAUUCUGACAAUAAUGAAUUUUUCCAGAAUUUCCAGAAGCCCGAUAAUGCAAGAGAACACUUCCUAAAGACAUCCUCUUCAUCUUAUUCAGAGGAGAGGUUUAUAGAUAAUCCAUCUGGAAAAUCAGGCUGCAAAAAGUGUACUGAUAAACAUCUGAAGUCUGGUAAAAGUUUAUCUUCUUGUCGUACUAAUGAAGCCAGGUCCCGAGCUGCAGCUUUGCAACAAUGGUUCAAACACAUUAUCAGGAGAAAAAGAUCACAAAAUAUAAAGAAUGGACAGCACGAGAACUAUCACACAUAUGAGCAGGACCACUCAAUCUGUAUAAAUGCCAAGUCAUCAAAUGACAUUUUAGAAUGGGGGGUCCUAAAAGAUAGAAAUUACAAUUCGUCAGGACACUAUUUCAGGGGAUCUUCUUCUAUUAGAAUGAGUAAAGCUUGUGAUGAUGAUCAUGAACUAAUACCCCAUUUACAACGGAGCAGCUCUGUUCCUCAUUCAGAAUCCAGUUAUGCAUAUCAGAAUAUCCAUGCAGAAAUGCCUAGGCUAAGCGAGGCUAGUGCCGGAAGCUUGAGAAGAUUCUCCAUUAUAGAAUCAAAGGAAUUAGAGGCUCUUGAGUCAGAAGAGGUUUUCUUCCCUCGGAGAAGACAUCGAGAAUCCAUCCACAAAAGGUCAUUUUUCCCUGAAAAGCCUAAAGAUUUGCUGCUGCAUAAUAUUGCAAGAACUGCAGAGAAUAAAGCUCAUUUAGAAGUAGAUAAUAUUGACUGUCUCAAUAGCUUUUUGAGAAGACAAAAGAUGAAACUUAGCAAUGUACCUCCAGAGGAUUGUUCAGAACGUGUCAAAAUUAUUCUUUCAGGACCUGAUCUGUCUCUAAGCUCUAUGGUGGCAGCAAUUUGCUAUGCAUGGUUGUUGGAGCACACAGCAACCCUAGAUGGAUGGAACCCAGUGCCUGUCAUUAAUACUACUCGGAAAAAGAUGUGGGAGCAUAGGCCAGCAGCAUGGCUCUUCCACCAUUGCGGUCUUGAUGGUCGAGCUCUCUUUUUCUGUGAUGAGGUGGACCUGGAAAGUCUUGUUCAUUCUCGGCAACUUAACAUUCUGGUUAUUGGACAAGAUGCCCUGGGAACUGAUGAUGAGGUUGCUUCAGUGUGCACUAUCCUUGUGGAAGAAUACAGGAAGCAUGCCUGUGAUCUCCUACAACAUCCUUAUAUCAGGAAACUUUUGCUUGCAGGUAUUCUUAUAGAUACACAGAACCUUGACCCAACUGCUGUGUUCUUUACAACAAGAGAUAAAAUGGCUGUUGAUUUACUGCUGGUUGGUGCCAGUCAGUAUAAUUGCAAUGCCCUUUUUGGUCAAUUGAAUCAGGAUCAUACUGAUAAUUCAUUAGAAGAAGCAAUGCAGAGUAACUAUGGAGUUCCUUCAAAUGAUUCUGAGCUAGUUGAAGGUGACGAAGAAGAUGAAAGUUUAUCUCAAAAGAAUGAUGUAAGCGGACUUUUUCAACUUGAGGAUAAUGUGAGAUGUUCAAGUGCAAAUUCAUUUGAUGAUUUAGUGUAUUCUCAUCAUGAGAAUUCAUUACCCAAACCAGGCGUAUUGGGUGUUAAAGUCAAAUCAAAUUGGACAGUUGCAAAGUGGUUUGGGUUUGGAUCAAGGCAGUCUGUAAAGAUUUAAAUUCACAAACCUUUUGUAGAAUAUUGUCACAUAUUGCCAUUUUUUAUGUUUAGAAGCAUUGUUAGCAGGCUAUUUAUCAAGCUCUUCGUAUCGUAUUUGGAUUAAAUACUAGCAGAGUAUGAGUGAAACCAUUGCUGUCUUGGGAAUGUAUUUUAUAAUGGUUUUUAGUUUAUGAAAUUUCAGUGCCCUCUGGCUUAUUUGUAUAUUAAUAAUAAUUGGAAGCUCAAGUUGCAUGCA